ACCCGGUGUACGGCAUUAGAUCCAUCGCAGAGCAGGCUUUGGCUGGGUUUUCGAAACUAAUUUCAAUACAUUCACAACGGAUUGCUUUCGAUCUGUGUGCCCCCUGUGCAUAUACGUACUAAUCCUAUCCCGACUACAGCAUAGCAUAUAGGCUGCUCAAUUUGAAUGACUAUUUACCGAGAGUGCAUCGCAAUUCGAUUUUAUUUUCGAGGUAAAGACGCUGCAGUUGAAUUUCUUCAGCUUGAACUCACUGAUCUCUGGUUUAACUUGGUUUUGUUUGUGUUUGUGGUGGUUUUUGAGUUGUUUUCGUUGAUUUUUGGAUUAAUUCUACAGAACGGCCUGACCUGCACCUGAGGAAAUGGAAUGAUAACUACUGCGAUUUCACAAAAACAACCUGUUGUCGAACCGGCAAUGAGGUCAAGUUAGCUGGGAGUAUGGGACCGCCGGGAUGGGCAUGUGUACAAACCCAGGGGGCAAGUUUCGUCCAUUGACCAACGCCACGGUACAGGUGCCUCAACGACCCAUCACCCUAUAUACUGUUCUUACUGCCUUAUUGACGUUCGUCUUAUUGCAAACAGUUCACUGUAUCCAAGAUGCAGUCCACAUCACAGCAAUACUCGGUGAGUCGGUGGUGUUCAACUGCCACGUGGAGUUCCCUGAGGGACACCCCGUGCCGUACGUGUUGCAAUGGGAGAAGAAGAAGGGGCACGCCUUGAUUGAGUACUUUUUAAAGGGACAGGACAUACCGAUUUAUAUCUGGUAUGAAAGUUACCCCACUCACAGCGGCGAGGGGUACGAGGGCAGAGUGUCCAGAGUAUCCCCAGACUCCCCUUACGGUGCCGCAUCCCUCAAUCUCACCAACAUCAGAGAAUCAGACCAAGGAUGGUACGAAUGCAAGGUGGUGUUUCUCAACCGUCCCCCCAACCAGCCGAAGAACGGCACGUGGUUCCACCUGGACGUUCACGCUCCCCCCAGGUUCGUAGUGACGCCGGAAGACGUCAUCUACGUCAACCUGGGGGACGCUAUUAUCCUCAAUUGUCAGGCGGAAGGUACGCCCACGCCCGAAAUAUUAUGGUAUAAGGACGCCAGCCCUGUAGAAGCUUCCUCCACAAUAGGUAUAUUCAACGAUGGUACGGAGCUCCGCAUAUCGAACAUCAGACACGAAGACAUCGGCGACUACACCUGCAUAGCCAGGAACGGGGAGGGCCAGAUCUCCCACACGGCCAGGGUCAUCAUAGCCGGGGGGGCGGUGAUCAUGGUGCCCCCCACGAACCAGACCAAACUGGAGGGCGAGAAGGUCCAGUUCAACUGUGAGGCCAAGGCGCAGCCGGGCAACGUCACGGUCAAAUGGUUCAGGGAAGGGGCCCCCGUCAGGGAACUGGCUUCCCUGGAGACCAGGGUCACCAUCAAGCGGGACGGGUCCCUGGUCAUCAACCCCGUGAGCUCCGAUGACUCGGGGCAGUACUUAUGCGAAGUGAGCAACGGGAUCGGCGAGCCUCAAUCUGCUUCGGCAUAUUUGAACGUCGAAUAUCCAGCAAAAGUAACGUUUACCCCCACCAUCCAGUACCUACCGUUCCGAUUGGCCGGCGUGGUGCAGUGCUACAUCAAGGCCAACCCCCCACUCCAAUACGUCACGUGGACGAAAGACAAGAGACUGCUGGAGCCCUACCAGACCAAAGAUAUAGUUAUAAUGAAUAAUGGAUCGCUCUUGUUCACCAGAGUCAACGAAAACCAUCAAGGUCGAUACACUUGCACUCCCUACAACGCGCAGGGCACCCAAGGAAGUUCGGGUCAAAUGGAGGUGCUAGUUCGAAAGCCCCCCGUUUUCACCAUAGAACCUGAGGCCAUGUACCAGAAGAAAGUGGGGGAGACUGUUGAGAUGCAUUGUGAUGCCCAGGAAGCCGAGGGAACGCAAAAACCGAACAUCCAAUGGCAAAGAAGAGACGGGACUCCGCUACCGAAAAAUCGCGUGAAAAUUGUUGGAGGAAACAUCACGAUCGAGAGCCUGAGGAGAUUAGAUUUCGGAUUCUACCAGUGCAUUGCAACCAACGAAGUAGCCACCAUAAUAACUGCGACGCAACUGGUGGUCGAAGGCACCCAGCCACACGCGCCCUACAACCUGACCGGCUCCGCCACUGAGUUUGCCGCCACCCUCAGCUGGCUGCCCGGCUACAGCGGCGGGCCCGACUACCGCCAGGACUACACGAUCUGGUAUCGCGAGGCGGGCGUCGCCGAUUGGUCGACCAUCCCAGUCACGCCCUCGGGCAGCACGCAGGUGACCAUCAACAGGUUGGCACCGGGCACCACGUACGAAUUCCAGGUAGUCGGGAAGAACGCGCUGGGCGACGGGAUGAUGAGCAAGAUUAUCACAGUGAGGACUGUGGAUAUUUUAGAUUACAGUAAUGUUGUUAUGCCCACUGAUUCUACAGGGUCUGCACUUUUACCGCCUGUUUUAAAACCAAAAGGACCAAAACCGGGAGUUCCCAGAAAUCUGACGGUGAAUGAGAUCAGCAACGGAUUUCUGAUCACGUGGAUGGCUCCGAUUGACAAGGCCGAUCUGAUUCAACACUACGUCAUCAAAUAUAAGACUGAUGGACCUUGGAAAACCUUGAACAAAGCUCAAAUUCGACCUGAAGAUACUCAAUAUUUAGUGAAAAAUUUGGUGGGUGGCCGUACGUACUACUUCCGCAUCCUAGCCUACUCUGCCAAAAGCUACGAGACCAGCGAAGAGGUGAAAUUUUCUGUACCAGCCCGUGUCAAACACAAGGCCAUCACUGCGGGAGUGGUGGGAGGAAUUUUGUUUUUCAUCGUCGCCAUCAUCUUGUCCGUGUGUGCCGUCAAGAUAUGCAACAAGCGGAAAAGGCGGAAACAGGAGAAAGCGUAUAACAUGGUGGCUUGUCGAAUAACUGAUUCUAGAAAUGGGGGUAACGCCGCUGACAGUCAAGUGCCUUUGAAAAAACUUAGAAAAGGCCGAAUACCAGGUUUAACGACGCUCGCUUUCAUCGCCAACUGGAUCUGGCCGAGAGACCGCUGUCGAUCGGGCAGCCUCUCCAGCCUCACCUGGCAUCCAGACUACCUCCAUCCGAGUUCCCCUUCGAAAUCGUUGGCCCGCAUCUCCCGUGCAGCCGACGGACGUUUCGUCCUCGUCGAGUCCCUCCUCAGCCUCCGGGCCGAGAGCACAUCCAACAUCUCCAGCAGCGAUGACGGAGGUUUCCUGCCGAAAAGGGGGGCCAGGAACAGAGCUUCGUGGCGGAAGCCUCUCAUCGGAUACCCUAGUGAGCUGAGCUUGAGGUCGGACGCUUCUGGGCAGUCAGCAUCAGGACAAGCAGCUUAUUUCAUCCAGCAGCACGCUCUGCAGCCUAUACCCACCAUUUACACCCCGCACACCCCUGGGGUCAUGUCGAGCAGCCCUGCCACCUCCAGCGGUCUGCUCUUGUCGCCUUGGACACCUCUUUACUUCAGCGACCUGAGUUCGGUUAGGUACACCAGCUCUGGAGGGGACAGAUCUUUCCCCACUCCGCCAAGUUUCGCACAGCUCAAAUCGGUACACGAACGCUACUCACAAGAGCUACCUCCUCUGAGAGCUAUCCACGAGGAACAUCAAGGUUUCGUCCCUGUUCAUCCGAUCAGAGACAGCCCCAGAGCGGUGCCCCAGCACAGAGCUCCCAGGGGUUCUAGGUAUCUUCCUCCUCGUCAUGCUAGGAUAGCUAGAAGUGCCCCGGAACUGGACCACCUGGAUAGAUCACCUGAAAGCCGAUCCAGUUCAAGCGGUUUCGGUAGCAAAAACACCUCCCAGCAGAAUCAGAGCUCGCACAGUGGCAGUACGUUCUUCAGCUGGGGGCUGCCUCCUUAUAGGCCGCCCCCACCACCACCAGCGUCGCUCCUCCCACCGCCACCGCCUCCGCUCGUCGGUCAUUGGUUGGAGCUCGCUAGCUCCUCCCCGUCUACUUCGGACCAUCACCACCAUCAGCAUCAUAAAGCUGUGGACGUGGGUAGCGUCGAUGGACACUACGAGUUCGACCCCAGCACCCCUACUCCUACCCCCUCCACUCCUACCGGGUCCCGAGAUGUGGACGUGGAUACCUCUGGGCCAGGACCGCCUCAGAGGAAGGUUUUGGGAGGCAUCCGAAGUCGGUACGACAAUAUCGAUGCGAGGGUGCAGGCCAUGAAGGAGGAAUUCAACGAGUUCAGGAAGAGGCAAGCCAACAGGAAACGCAGUCAUGAACUGGAAAGUGCUUGUUGAAUAUCUGAGAACAGGAUUAUAUGCCUCCCCCACAAUCGUCCCCUUUGCCACGCCUCUUUCCGUUAUUGGUUGGCCCGGAGGGCUUCGCGAAAAAGGAGAUGGGACAUUAUGCUUUUCUAGGCUCCUCCCCGGUCAUCCGCUUCAACAGGCCUACCUUGCCUGCGAUCCCUUUCCGUGAUGCAUAUUUACAUCCUCUUUUAUACGACGGCACCAGCCUGCUGAAAUCUGUAAGUCUGUGUAGCCAAUAGUGAUGCCACAAAAGCUCACUGAUUUAGGCACUGCUUCAAUAGGGAGGAAGGAAAAUAUUCCUUCUGCCAGCUCUCCAUAAUAAAGGAGAAUACUAUUUUCAAGUAUUUUAACCUUACUCGGUCCAGAUGAACCCUGUUUCUAGAAAGUAUAUCUUUCGGAAAAUUAUUUGAGGGAUUCAAAAAAUCUUCGCAUGAAUUGAACACCAACACUUCGAAUAAGUACAUUUAUUUCAAUAUAAGGUACUCUUUCAAUACAUUGACAAUUUACAAAAGACACAACACACUUCGAAAUGGUAUAGAUAAAACAAUACUCCACGUAGUAUGGAGUCGGCUGGUGUUAGCUAGAAGGCUAUUUUUUUCAUGUUUAGAGUUCUGACAAAUAAUCUAUGUUACCUGGAGCCUGGCUCCUGACAACAAUUGACAUUCGGACACACUAACCACUAUGCCACCAGACCUACACUUGAAAAUUGUGUCAUGAAGAAAUUAUCCGUAUUACGUGCAGGUGCCUAAAUCAGUGAGCUUUUGUAGAGUCACUGUUGGCAUCACAGGCUCACAGAUUUCAGUUUGUAAAUAUGCUUCCGGCAUCUGCUGCGCCUACGAAGCUUGAGAGGAUGCCGAGAAACGUCGUGUUUGUGAGUGAGUGGUUUCACUUGGAAAAAAAUGGAAUAGUUUUUUUCUCAAAUUCAGUGUGAUAUAUUUUAAACCUUAACCAUUGAAAGUAAAACGAAACAUGUUCUAAAUAUUGUAAUAAUUGAUAUGAAACAGAACCAAAUUGAGACAUUUUAGAAUUGAAUUAUUAUUGGGAUUAAGUACACAUACAUUCAUUCACUUAUUAUAAUGGAUAACGUCGUAUUUCUAUCGUAGAAUGAUAAGCUGAGGCUCAAUUCGUAGGCUCGAAGUGGAAGUCGCAAGAAAAAUGUCAAUUCGUCUAAAAUCAUAUGUGGAAUAGCCUAUUGUGAUCGAAUUCUGGAUAAUUUUCAUUAUUAUUGGGUGAAAAAUAGUAAUUAUCUAUUCAUCAAAUAUUUGUAACUUACUAUAUUCAAAUUUGUACGAAGUAUUAGUGACCAAAAGUUGCUGAAUUGCAGCAUUGCAGAAAUCAGAAUCUAUGAUAAUUUUAUUUAGUUCAGUAUAUUAUAUUCUGGUACCUUUUUUUUGAGAUAUCAUAUAUUUUCAACACCCAAAUUGAUAUCUUCCUUUUGGAAAACUGGAGAAGGAUUUCAAUUUUGUUUUUUAUCGAAUUGGUGAGAAAUGAAUAAAAUUACUUUUGAUAUCUUAUAAUAUGAAAAAUAAUCGUUUAUAUUUUGACAACAAUAAUCGAAAAUUUGUUUUAUCUGUAAAUAUCUAUUGUCAAUGUGAUAAAUGCGAUAUUUCGAGUACCUUCUCUUCGAGCCUAUCCUACACGUACCACAUACAAAUGGCCUGUGACGUUUGUCGUGUACACAGCGGCUGAGGUCGGCGCCAUCUUGAAUUUCAGAUAGUCGGGCGCCAUCUAUGCCGCCUUUCUAAUAAAUUAUAACGCUUUAGCGCGGUCCCACAGACUGCGGCAAAAUUUUUACCAACAGCGGAAUAACCAGAAGGAAAUAUCCAUUUCCAUCAUCGAGCAGUUAUAUUUUCAAUUUUUCUCAGUUACUUGUAAUGACUGUUCUCCUUGCUGUCUACAGGGUUCUGAUCUAAAAUGAUUCAAUAUUAUAUUCCCAGCAGAGAACGCUAUACCUUGAAGGUCAUUAUCCAUGGUGUGUAAAAAUAAUACCUAGCUGGUACUGUUUUUUGUUGUUUCAAAAACAAAUUAGUCGAGUAAUUUCUGAUUUUAAUCAGUAAAUUCUCUACUAAUUACUGCUCCUUUAUUUUCUCUUAAGACUGAUAGUUGUUGGAAGUUACUCCAUAUAAGUAUAGGUUCGAGGGUUCAAAGUUCGUUUCAGUUCGAACAAUUCUAUACUUCAGUACAUGAUUUCAGUGACUUGAAUGUAGUUUUAUACAUUCAAAGAAGAGUUAUUUUUCAAGUAAAUCAAAUACUGAAGUAAUAGUAGGAAAGCCGGCGCAAAUUACGACCGUCAUCUGAUAACGAAAUGUUAUAUAUAUAUAUGUUCCAAAGGAAUGUAAAAAUGAACAUUUAAUUUCAUCGAACACUGUGCCAAAAAUUGCACUUUCCUGUGCAGUUAUUUGCACUCAAUUUCGCGUUUUGAAAACAAGAUGAUAAUUGCCAUCCCAUACCAAUUGAAUGGUAGAUCUCAAAAACUUACCUGUGCCUUCCCUCAAUCUGUGUCAAAUCUACGGCACAGCGAUUUAUUUCCUGCCAUUAUUCCGGACAUACUUCCGUCAUGUGAUUAAACGAAAUGAAAUGAAGAGCAAAAGGGGAUAAUUUCCCCUCUGCGAAAAUCAAAUCGUGUCGCGAUUCUAACUGAUCUAAGUUAGGGGCAGAGCGUCAAUAUUUCCGAGAAUAUUUGGCCCCUCUCGAAAAUUGUGGUGCUCGCACAACAAGUAUUCAAAUCCACAUUUUGAGUUUCACACUGGUCCAUCGGAUAUUAUCUUUCGAGGGGGGCGAAAUAUUCUCGGAAACUUAAAUCAGUUUGAAUCGUCGCUUGUUGGAUUAUCCGCAAGACAGACAUUAUUUCCACUUUUUUGCUUUAUGUUUCAACCCGUUAUCACAUGACGGAAGUGUGUCCGGAAAAAUGGCAGCAAAUAAAUCGCUGCGCCGUGGAUUUGACUCAGAUCAAGAGGUGGCACAGAUAGGUUUUUGAGAUCUACCAUUCAAUCUGAUGGCAUAACUCUCAUCUCGUUAUCAUCACGAAAUUUAGUGCAAAAAAUCGAACAGUUUCAAUUAUUUUGCUCAGAAUAGUGAUUGGCGCAAGUGUCGAAGUACAAUGUUUUCACAUGCCUUUGGGACAUAUAUCAUUCCGUUAUCAGAUGACGGUCGAGAUAUGAAACCGGCUUCUGGACUAAAUUAAGGGAUUUGCUUUCGCAAAAAAAUUCAAGUUUUUCCUUGUGGUUAUCCUGGUGUUCAUUUAUGAGAGGCUGUAUUGUAAAACUAGAUGUUUAGGGUUAUAUUGUAAACGUACUAUUCGCGUAUGUACAGGGCCCUCUUCGUUUCGCGGACCUGAGCAGUAAGUACGCCGUUCUUUUUGAUUUAAGGAUUUUCGUAUUUACUAGAUACAUGUUUGCCAAACAAACUGAAGGCGGUGGGUCAUUUCAGAGGGUGUAUCCAAAAGAUAUAGGGACAAACUUCUACCAUAAUCCGAUACAUUUAAAAAGGUAUAUAAAUUAGCGCUCGUGAUAGUUUUAUAAUUUUGAGUGCUGGAAAGACACUUCUCGUUUUUUAGUUAGAAACAUCAAUUUCUCCACGAUAUUGAAUUGGUUCAGACACAAAAAUAAUACAAUAAUCAUUAACUGACAUAUCGACAAAUAUAUUCAUUGAUUGCCACUGAGAACUGCAGAGUUUUAAUAUCAUCUGACAAGACAUUCUGAUGUAUAGUGUUGUUUCAGAAUACAUUUCGAUAACUACACGAUUUUUCAACAUUCGUUGUCAAAAAUAGAUGUAUUAAUGAAUGUUUUAUACGACAAAAUAUGAAAAUUAAGCUAUAACUGAGCAGAUUGAUUUACUCUCAUGUGAAAUAAGUAUGUUAAAUUUGAUCUUCAACAAUAAUUUGGCCAAUAUCUACCUUUCGAUCUGCAGUGCGUGGAAGUGACACUUUUGUACCAAUUCGAUAUGCGUGUAACAUAUAAGUAUGUCUUACAUACUCGAACACGGUCAUAGAAAAAACAUUAUUUCCAAUUUUCAAGACAGAAAGUGAAAAUAAAAUCAUUCUAUUUCGAAUACCUACUGUAAGAACCUUAUGCCUGUGGUAGAAUUUUCUAUUCCCUCUUUCGGAUAAUGUAAUUAUUCGUGUAUGCACGUUUGAUCCCUCAUGGCAAAGAACCAUUUUGACCAAUUAGAAUCAAUUACAGUCUCGACUCAAUUCUUCUAAAUUGAGACCUUUUCGUUUUUUGUUUGGGUUGAAUAUUCUUCUAAAAUAAUCGAUUAUACUGGGUAUCUCUGAGUGGUGACUCCUGCUAUGAUUUUUUUGUUUUCAUAUAUAUAUAAAUGAAAUUUCAGGAGUAUGUUCGAAGAGAUAUUUUUUUCAACAUGACACAACUCCAUCCAGAACCUAGCUUAAUGAAUUUGUCGAAACACUUUGAAACGUGUUUGUUUCAUUCAGAGAAUCAAGUAAAUAGUGUUUCGCUCUGUUGGUUUAUAACGUUUAUAUUUCAUUCAAUUGAAUUUUGAAUAACUUUCAACUCAUGAGUCAUCUCUUAAAAAAUAAAAUUAAUUUGAUAGAUGAAAAUAAGUCAUAUUUGCGUAUAUAAUAUACUGACAAAGGCCACAAACUUAAAAGGAUUUAAUCUUCAGUCAAUGAAAUGAAGAAUCUACAGGGUGUCUAUUUGAAAUUCGAAUUCAAAAUUAAAAUUUUUUGAGUAGGAAAGAGAUGUCACAAAAAUUCAAUGUCAUCUCUUACACCAAAUAUUUUUAUGUUCUGAAAGAAAAAUUUAUACGCGGAAUCACUCCGCUAAAAUACCCAGGUUCUUUCUAGAAAUUUAUAUUUUCCAGUUUUUUGAUUGGUUCUUUGAACCUUGACACGGGCGUGCGCGAAUUUACAUAAUUAUGUAUAUGGGGAGAGAAUACAUUUGGAACAGUUGGUGGAUUUUAUGUAUGUACUUAUCUAUUUUUCCUGGGUAAAUUAUUUCGAAUAUGUAUAUAACUGUGAUAAUCUAGGAGUAGAUGCCACAUAUUUAUUAAACUCGAAGAAAAUAGGGUUACUAUCAGAAAGUGGAUUUAUAUAUUAUUAAUUUAUUGUACAGUACUGCUCACUCCCAUGGUUUGUUUGGUACAUCGAUUCUUGUACCUACAAAAUAAAUAAUUUAUAUUUAUUCGAGUUUUUUGUUAGGAUAUGACUGGCGAUUCAAAAAUAUGGAUCCAACAUCUUCAUUUUGGGAUCGUAAUUUUGAAUCCCAUGUGCACUGUUUAUUUUAUUAUCUGACUUAGUACAAUUCGUCUUUAUAUUUUUUUAAUCCAUAAGUCUAUAUGAAUCUCUCGAAAACAAAUAAUUUAAGAAUAAUAUAUUGUUAUGAAUUCUUGCCAAUGAAAUUUAUUACUGAUUUUAAGAUCGGAAACGCAAUUUUUCAAUAAGAUUUUGCAUGUUUAUCAGGCACCUGAUCUCUUCUAAAAGUCGACCGUAUAAAGUUGAAUCUACUGUACAUUGAUUAUUAUAUCAUUUCACGAGCACACUGACUUAGCUGUAGACUUUUUAGUUUUAAGUGUUAAGUAGAAAUAACAGUUGUUACUAUGUAACUAAGCUGUAUAAAGCAUCACAUCUCAAUGAAAUACAAUAAAAUGUUGCCAGAU